GUCGCUGUGCCAGUCGACGAACUCGACCGAUCCUUCGCGGAACUUGCCGGGAAUUUGUGGCAAAUCCAGGUGCCCACACGAUCAAAGCUGAGUGCCACUGUCCAACCCUCCACCGCUUUGUCGAUGAUACAACUCGUAGCUCCCCUCCAUCGCCACCCAACUACCAAGUGAACCUCCCUGAUAUGCGUGGGAGACCAACAACGUCACGCGCGUCCUUGUUCCCAAUUUGGCUCAGGUUGAACUUGGUGGUCAACUUCUGCAUCUAUUAUGGAUGGCUGGCGCGUUACUCAGGCUACUCCUUCGCGGUCCCAUGUUAUCUCAUGCGCGUGCGGUCGGGGAGUAUGGAGGCACUCUUACUCUGGAUAAGCACAAGAAACGGGAUCCCGAGCGUGCAAACUCCAUCACAUCACGGCCACGCCAUCCUCCAGCCUCUAGCGUCAGCCACAACGGCCUACUCAGUCCCUACUCGGACUCGCUACUUCCCUACUCCAAAGGUCACUAAGCACGAUAGCUCUAUCUGACUUGACCGUCGCCUGACUGCGCGCGGGGUCAUGGCGAAGGUGCGCUUCGGGCUGACGCCAUAGUGCAUAGAAAUGCACGCCUAUGGGCACCCACCAGGCGUGCUUCGGCCUGCGAAGAUAGCG